GUCACCUGCAGCAACCGCACACUCUCGCUCGUCUUCGGCUGCAAGAAAUAUCGUUACCAAGAUGAAGACAGCCCCCCGCUGGAGCACAGCCCCGCCCACCUCCCCAACCAGGCCAAUUCCCCACCGGUGAUAGUCAACACAGAUACCUUAGAAGCACCAGCUUACGUAAAUGGAACAGAAGGUGAAAUGGAAUAUGAGGAGAUCACAUUAGAACGGGGUAACUCCGGCUUAGGGUUCAGUAUCGCCGGGGGCACCGAUAACCCCCAUGUUGGGGAUGACCCCAGCAUCUUCAUUACCAAGAUCAUCCCUGGAGGGGCAGCGGCACAAGACGGGCGGCUCAGGGUGAACGAUAGCAUCCUUUUCGUGAAUGACGUGGACGUGCGGGAGGUGACGCACAGCACAGCCGUCGAGGCGCUGAAGGAGGCCGGCUCAAUCGUGCGCCUCUACGUCAUGCGCAGGAAGCCUCUUGCAGAGAAGAUGAUUGAGAUCAAGCUGAUCAAAGGGCCGAAAGGUCUGGGCUUCAGCAUCGCAGGUGGGGUCGGCAACCAGCAUAUUCCUGGUGACAACAGCAUCUACGUAACCAAAAUCAUCGAGGGUGGUGCAGCUCACAAGGACGGGCGCUUGCAGAUCGGGGACAAGAUUUUGGCGGUAAACAAUGUGAGCUUGGAAGACGUGAUGCAUGAAGAUGCCGUGGCUGCCCUGAAGAACACGUAUGAUGUGGUCUACUUGAAGGUUGCAAAGCCAACAAACGUUUAUCUAAACGACUCCUAUGCCCCGCCUGACAUCACUUCCUCGUACUCCCAGCACCUGGACAAUGAAAUUGGCCACCAGAGUUACCUGGGCAGUGACUAUCCACAAGCCAUGACCCCCACCUCGCCUCGGAGGUACUCUCCCAUCCCUAAGGAGCUGAUGGGAGAGGAAGAUAUACCCAGGGAACCCCGCCGCAUCGUCAUUCACCGUGGCUCAACGGGAUUGGGCUUCAACAUUGUUGGGGGGGAGGACGGCGAGGGAAUCUUCAUCUCCUUCAUCUUGGCUGGGGGACCAGCCGACCUCAGUGGGGAACUCCGGAAAGGGGACCAGAUCCUCUCGGUCAAUGGUGUGGAUCUCAGGAACGCGACGCACGAGCAGGCGGCCAUUGCCCUGAAGAACGCGGGCCAGACGGUCACCAUCAUUGCGCAGUACAAACCUGAUGAGUACAGCCGCUUUGAGGCCAAGAUCCAUGAUCUCCGCGAGCAGCUGAUGAACAGCAGUCUGGGCUCAGGGACAGCAUCACUGCGGAGCAACCCCAAAAGGGGGUUCUACAUCCGGGCACUCUUUGACUAUGACAAGACAAAGGAUUGUGGCUUCCUGAGCCAGGCCCUGAGCUUCCAUUUCGGCGACGUCUUGCACGUGAUCGAUGCUUCGGAUGAAGAAUGGUGGCAGGCGCGGCGCGUCCAUCCAGACGGGGACAGCGAUGAGAUAGGCUUUAUCCCCAGCAAAAGACGGGUUGAACGACGAGAGUGGACGCGGCUAAAAGCAAAGGAUCGGGUGCCGGGAUCAGGCGCUCAAGGUCGAGAAGAUGCAGUCCUGAGCUACGAGACUGUUGUGCAAAUGGAAGUGCAUUAUGCUCGCCCCAUCAUCAUCUUGGGCCCCACCAAGGACAGAGUCAACGACGACCUCCUCUCUGAGUUCCCGGACAAAUUUGGCUCCUGCGUCCCACACACCACACGGCCGAAGCGGGAGUACGAGGUGGACGGCCGGGACUACCAUUUUGUGGCCUCGCGGGAAAAGAUGGAGAAAGACAUCCAGAGCCACAAGUUCAUUGAGGCGGGCCAAUACAACAGCCACCUGUACGGAACCAGCGUCCAGUCAGUGCGUGAAGUGGCUGAGCAGGGCAAACACUGCAUCUUGGAUGUUUCCGCCAACGCUGUCCGGAGGCUUCAGGCAGCCCAACUUCACCCCAUUGCCAUCUUCAUCCGGCCCCGAUCCCUUGAGAAUGUUUUAGAAAUAAACAAGCGGAUAACGGAGGAGCAGGCACGGAAGGCCUUCGACAGAGCUACGAAGCUGGAGCAGGAAUUCACAGAGUGCUUUUCUGCCAUCGUAGAAGGAGACAGCUUUGAAGAGAUCUACCACAAGAUCAAAAGAAUCAUAGAGGAGCUGUCCGGCCCUUACAUCUGGAUCCCAGCUCGGGAGAGACUUUAAGAGCUACAAACUGAUUUUUCCAGAAGGGAUCGUGAAAAGCAAAGAGCCACCGACUCUGUGACAGAGCAGUCUCUGGAGAGAGGGGUUGCCUCUGUCUA